CCACGGUGUUGAUGAUGGUGUUAUGAAGAAGCUGAUGGGUUAUAGAUGGAGGCCGUGUUUUGUAUUUCGUCGACAUAGAUUAAAUCACCUGUAAAAUCAGAAAUAAUCGAUUAUCGUUCAAGAAGAACUUCCGCUUCCUGGAAAGGUACGUGACCAGGUAAGAUCCGCGUUUAUCUGUGUUUACCUGCAGGGACUCCGAGUAAACAACACACAGCUCUGUGAUAGAAAUGUGAUAUUAAAUCUCUCUAAAUGAUAUUAUAUAAACACUUUCCUCCGUUUAUUUAUCCCGCGUUUCCGAUUCUCGAUAAUUAUGACAGAAGUUAAAAUUUAAUCAAUAAUUUUCAACAUAUUUUCUCAGUUUUACCGUAAAUGAUCCUUACAGGAAGAUGUUGUGAAAGAACUAAAGUACACAAACAUUUCUCUACAUAUUCAAAGCGUUAUACAUUAUUUAUUACUACAGGUGUAAAGGUUUACCUGAGUGGACUGUGUAUAAACAUGGGUGUUAUUCCCAGGGACGGUCUUACAUAAGGCAACACUAGGGCCCUGAGUUUCUGGGGGCCCCCUAAAACCCCUCAUACAUUUGUGGUUCAUCGAGGUUUAACUUAUUUGUGCACAUGAUUUAUGUUUUUGAUUAAAAUCCAUUCACUGAAUAUCAGCAGAAUGCCUAUCAUCAGUCAGCGCUACAGUGGAUCAGUCCAUCUUACUGCGCCUGGAAAAGAGGGUCCGAUCGAUAGUUGAACCUCAGAUCGAGGAGGAACGAUGCGGGUUUCGUCCCGGUCGCGGAACUACAGCUCAACUCUUCACCCUUGACUGGGUUCUUGAGGGGGGAUGGGAGUUUGCCCAACCAGUCCACAUGUGUUUUGUGGACCUGGAGAAGGCCUACGACCGGGUCCCUAGGGGGAUCCUGUGGGGGGUGCUCCGGGAGUACGGGGUGGAGGCCGUCCAGUCCCUUUACCAAAGGAGCACGAGCUCGGUCCGUGAAGCCGGCUGUAAGUUGGACUCGUUUCCAGUGAGAGUUGGACUCCUCCAGGGCUGUCCUUUGUCUCCGGUUCUGUUCAGAACCUUUAUAGACAGAAUUUCUAGGUGCAGUUGAGGGGUCCAGUUCUGCAGGCAGAGGAUCCCGUCGCUGCUUUUUGCGGAUGAUGUGGUUCUUCUGUCUUCAUCGAGCAGUGACCUUCAGCUCUUGUUGGGGCGGUUCACGGCCGAGUGUGAAGCGGCUGAGAUGUGAAUCAGAACCUCCAGGUCCGAGGUCAUGGUCCUCAGUCGGAAAAAGGUAGAUCACCUUCUCCAGGUCGGAGGGGCGGUCCUGCCUCAAGUGGAGGAGUUCAGGUAUCUCAGGAUCUUGUUCAUGAGUGAGGGUAGGAUGGAGCGGGAGAUCGACAGGCGGAUCGGAGCGGCGUCAGCAGUGAUGCGGACGCUUAACCGAUCAGUGGUGGUGAAGAAAGAGCUGAGCCGUAAGGAGAGACUCUGGAUUUACCGGUCGAUCUACGUGCCGAUCCUCACCUAUGGUCAUGAACUUUGGGUAAUGACCGAAAGAACAAGAUCGCAGAUACAAGCGGCUGAAAUGGGUUUCCUCCUCAGGGUGUCCGGGCUCAGCCUUAGAGAUAGGGUAAGGAGCUCGGACACUCGGGAGGCGCUCAGAGGAGAACCGCUGCUCCUCCACGUCCAGAGGAGUCAGCUGAGGUGUUAGAACGCCUUCUGGACGCCUCCCGUUAGAGGUGUCCCACCGGGAGGAGACCUCGUGGCCGGCCCAGGACCAGGUGGAGGGACUAUAUCUCUCGCCUGGCCUGGGAAUCCCCCCUGGACCCGGAUGAAGUGGAAGAAAACGACGACGAAGAUAUUAAUAAAUUUGGGACGGCAGCAGCUCAGGAGGUAGAGCGGUCGUCCGAUAAUCGGAAGGUUGACGGUUCGGUUCUCACCAUCCUGUGUCCGUCCGUUGUGUCCUUGGGCAAGACUCUUGACCCACCUUGCUCCCACUGUGUGUCCUCCGCUGGUGUGUGAUUGUGAGUGUUGACUACUAAGGUAGUUUACCACCACCAAGUUGUGACUGUGUGAGCGAGUGAAAGAGCUUUGAGGGUCUGAUGGAGCUCAUGUUCAUGUUCAGACCUUGAUGCAGCUUCAGCAGACCCACCGUUAUUUUGUUGUUCAUUAUCUGAUGUGCCGCCCAGUGUUUCGUUCUUCUCUGUUCCUGGAUAAAUAAUUUAAUGAUUCUUUUGGCUUUUAUUCUGAAAGGUCAGCUCUGCCUCCUCUAAUGUGUGUGUUUGUGUGUGUCUGCAGCAUCAUGUUAGCCAGAAAAGGCCUCCUGCCUGACGGUUUCCUGUUGACCCGAUUGGCUGAAGACCAGAAUCAGCGGAACAGGAGCCGCUCAAGACUCCAAAGAGCCCGCUUUAUUACAAAGUCCGGAUCCUGCAACGUGGCCCACAAGAACAUCAGAGAGCAGGUACAGCGAGCCCACGACACACACACACCUGUCUGGGUUUGUUUCAAAAUGUUGGACUGACCCUUUAAACGGCGUGACUGUAAGUCUAAAUGUGGUGGUCUCGGCGGGUCUCAGGGUCGGUUCCUGCAGGAUGUUUUCACCACCAUGGUGGACCUGAAGUGGCAGCACUCCUUCCUCAUCUUCACCUCAGCCUUCCUCUGCUCCUGGAUGCUGUUCGCCAUGAUCUGGUGGCUCCUCGCCUUCGCUCACGGUGACCUGGAGCCUCGGGAUCCCAACGAGCCAGGCCCGAUCCCCUGCGUCACCGCCAUCCAUUCCUUCACCUCGGCGUUCCUCUUCUCCAUCGAGGUCCAGGUGAGAGUCCGUCUCUCUCUCAGUUCAGUCGCUUUAGUCGUGUUUCGUUUCGUUGUCCAUGAACGCUGCGUCUGCUGCAGGUGACCAUCGGAUUUGGAGGCCGUAUGGUCACAGAGGAGUGUCCCGUGGCGAUCACCGUGUUGAUCGUUCAGAACAUCGUGGGGCUGAUAAUAAACGCUGUGAUGCUGGGCUGCGUGUUCAUGAAGACGGCGCAGGCGAACCGCCGAGCAGAGACGCUCAUCUUCUCCAGAAACGCCGUCAUCGCUCCUCGAAACGGGCGACCCACCUUCAUGUUCAGAGUCGGAGACCUGAGGAAGAGCAUGAUCAUCUCCGCCACGGUCCAGCUCCAGGUCAGGCUGCUGAUGACCACAUGAGUCAUUGUGUCAGAGGGUUCUUCAGAGCAGAAACAACGCCCUGAUUUAACGCUGCAUCCUGUCUGCAGGUGAUCCGGCGGACGGUGACGGCGGAGGGCGAGGUCAUCCCGGUGUGUCAGCUGGACAUCCAGGUGGAGAAUCCUCUGCGGAGUAACGGCAUCUUCCUGGUUUCUCCUCUGAUCAUCAGCCACACCAUGGAGAGAGGGAGUCCUCUGUACGAGCUCUCCGCCCAGUCCCUGGCGACCGAAGACCUCGAGAUCAUCGUCGUCCUGGAAGGUACCGACCCAGUUAUCAGUAAAACUUCUGCAGGAUCCCCGGGGCCCUUAGCCGGGUCCUGAAAACCCCUCUGAGAAACUGAAAUAAGAUCCUCACAAACAUUAGUCUGAGUCUGAGAAGAGAUCGAAUGAACUGGACCCAGAACCUUCAACCCCUCGGUUCCUCUGAGCUGACAGUUCUAAAGUUCUUAUUUUUCUUCAUAUAAAAUAAAAACUCGGUGUCUCCUGUAGUUCUCUGUCACUUUAGCUCCGCCCACCCUCCUUUGUCGGCCAAUAGACUUCCAUUAAAAACAGGUUCUUUGAGCGUGUGUUUACGGCUCCAUAACAACAUAUUAAACCUUUUCUCUGCAGUCAGUCGAUCAGCAGGACUCUAAAUCUGACUUUCCCACAGUAGCCACGUUUACAUGCAGACUUUUUUCUCAUUCGGAUUAUAAUCAUCCCGAUUGAAGCUCCCAGGCGAACUGUUUACAUGGAAGCGAUCUAUUCUGAUCUGGUGUUUACAUGUGCCACGGCAUUCAAUCGGAACAGCUAUUUACAGACACGUGAUACCUUCAAACAUCACGUGAUUGAUUGAUCACGUGAUCUCCGACGCAGACCAGUGCAUCGUGCUCUGCUUGGAAGCCGCCAUCAUGUUUCCAUGUGAGUCAUACGUCACUGCUUGUUUACAUCAGGACAGAGCAUGCGCAGACAGAACCCAGCCUGACAACUUUCCGAUUCACCGUUUACAUGACAGGAUUUUGCUUUUAAUCGGAAUGGGAAAAGGAAAAUUCUACCCCUGUGAAUCGGAAUGAAAUUCCAUUCGGAAUGGGCCUGUUUAUUCCGAAUGAGGUGUUUAUAUGGAGCAUUUUCAUUCCGAUUGGGCUUCUAAUCCGAUUAUAUUCGGAAUAUUUGGCUCCAUGUAAACGUAGCUAGUGAGACAACAGACUGAGCCGCACAUCAUUUUAAUUCUUCAAGUCUUCAUUCAUGGACUGAGAGAGUCUGAAGAUUCAUCCACUAAACAUCAUCAGACAUGAAGGAAACUUUACAUGACACUAGAUCUGGAUGUCUCAGAGUGGGACAUGUGUGGAAGGAGAAGUCUGUGUGCUCCUGUGUGUGUGCACGGGUGAGAAUCUGCCUCCAUGUUUAGAACCGGGCAUGCCGUGAGUUUUUACAGCCGAGAAUCUGACGUCCAAGUUCUGCAGUGUGGGACAAAGAGAGGGGGACAUUUGGACAAUUUCAACUUUGUCCUCAGUUCAGAGCAGGUGGAUGGACAUGCAUGAGGAUGAACAGGUCCUUCAGAUCAUCAGGGGAGAAGAUAUCACAUCUCAAAUCAGCAGUUAUUUUUAUAUCAGAGUAAUCAGGGUCAGAUUUUAGUCAGAGGAGGAUAAACACUCAGAAAUGAUUCUAUCUUACAGAGAUCUGCUGAUUUUAUAUGUUUAUAUAUAACAUUAAUUUAUUAUGAACACAUGAAUUUGAUCGUAUUUGAUUUGGUCGAGGACGAGGUUCGAGAAAAGGAGGUGAAAAUGUCGAGUUUUUCUGCUCCAACAGACUGAUCAGAACUUUAUCAAUAAAUAUGACAUGAUGAACAAAAACUGACAGAAAAGGAGAAAAACAUCAAAUUUAUUAUUGAUUACUGUUUUAAUGAUCAGAGCUGAAGGUGUUUCAGAGAUUUGAGUCAGAAAAAGUUAAAAAUGAUGGUUUUAAGAACUCUGAUCUGCUCGUCUGGUUCGGGGACGAAGUCGUCUGGAUGGAGCUUCAGACGAACAGGAACUAAAGGGUUAAAGGUUUUUGAGAAACUCUGCUGAGACCUGAUGAACCUCAAACACUUCUGCUCCAUUUACAAAAACUACAAUCUUCUCUGUGACCUUGAACAAGUUUUGUGUGAAUUAAAGAAACUCUUUCAUGAUCUAAAGGAAAUUAUGGGAAAAACUUGCAGAGACCCUUUGAAGGUUCUCCAGAACUUUGAGGAAACUUUGGCGAGCCCUAAAGAACCCUAUGAGUCCAGAGUCCAGAGGAUGUUCUGCACCAGAGACCGACUUCUUUGUUCUUGGAUUAUGUGGAGAAUCUAACCUGACUCUGUUCUCUCUUUUGAAGGUGUGGUUGAAACGACGGGGAUCACCAUGCAGGCUCGGACCUCCUACACCCCUGACGAGAUCCUGUGGGGGAGGCGCUUCGUCUCCAUCAUCACGGAGGAGGACGGGCGUUACUGCGUCGACUACUCCAAGUUUGGAAACACGGUUCCCAUCAGGAUGCCGUCUCUCAGCGCGAAGGAGCUGGACCAGACCAGGGGAGUCCAGGACGGGGGCUCUGAGCCCAGCUUACAGGGCUGGGGGCUGGUCCGGGCCGGCCGGGGAGGCUUCCGCAGAGGAGGCCGGACCUGCGACGGCGCCGCCUCUCAGCCUUGGUACGCCCAAUCAGAGAAAGCAGAGGGAGAGGUGGAGCAGAAGGGACAGAAGAAGAAGGUGCAGCUGGAGGUGAUUGGACGACAGAUGGAGGAGGACGGAGUGGAGGAGAUGAGCGAAUGAGCGCGUGCGCGUGCACACACACACACACACACACACACACACACACACACACACACACACACACACACACACACACACACACACACACAGUCAGUUCACUUUAGUGUUCCUUUAAAGGAGCAGUCCACUGUUUUCUAACCCGGGUCCAGUUUUUCAUCUGACCCAAAGUCCUAGAGCAGACAUGUCCAAACUGUCCCACAAAGGGCUGCAGGUUUUUCUCCCAACCAAUCAAGAGCAUGCAGUCUGACCAAUCAGCUGUCUGCAGACUGAGAUCAGCUGAUGAAAUGAAUCAAGUCUGGUGUGCUGCUGCUUGGUCGGACGAAAAACCUGCAGCCACACCGGCCCUUUGUGGAAGAGUUCGGACAUGCCUGAGUGUCUGAAGGUCUCCUGCAGGUGAGCUGGUCCUCCAGACUCUGAGAGUAACAGUCCGAGUCUAGAUUAUCUGAGUCUAGAUUAUCCGAGUCUAGAUUAUCUGAGUCUAGAUUAUCCGAGUCUAGAUUAUCUGAGUCUAGAUUAUCCGAGUCUAGAUUAUCUGAGUCUAGAUUAUCCGAGUCUAGAUUAUCUGAGUCUAGAUUAUCCGAGUCUAGAUUAUCUGAGUCUAGAUUAUCUGAGUCCAGAUUAUCUGAGUCUAGAUUAUCCGAGUCUAGAUUAUCUGAGUCUAGAUUAUCCGAGUCUAGAUUAUCUGAGUCUAGAUUAUCUGAGUCUAGAUUAUCCGAGUCUAGAUUAUCUGAGUCCAGAUUAUCUGAGUCUAGAUUAUCUGAGUCUAGAUUAUCUGAGUCUAGAUUAUCCGAGUCUAGAUUAUCUGAGUCUAGAUUAUCCGAGUCUAGAUUAUCUGAGUCUAGAUUAUCUGAGUCCAGAUUAUCUGAGUCUAGAUUAUCUGAGUCUAGAUUAUCCGAGUCUAGAUUAUCUGAGUCCAGAUUAUCCGAGUCUAGAUUAUCUGAGUCCAGAUUAUCUGAGUCCAGAUUAUCUGAGUCUAGAUUAUCUGAGUCUAGAUUAUCUGAGUCUAGAUUAUCUGAGUCCAGAUUAUCUGAGUCCAGAUUAUCCGAGUCUAGAUUAUCUGAGUUCAGAUUAUCUGAGUCUAGAUUAUCUGAGUCCAGAUUAUCUGAGUCUAGAUUAUCUUAAUCUGAGAUAGAAGUUUAACGUCCUAAAGUUCAUGUCAGCAGAGUCUUCCUCCUCGUCUCUCCUGUGAGUCAGAGUCUAACCCCCGACCUCCACCUCCAUCCUGAUCGUCUCCUAAAAGGUCGUAUCCUCCGAUCGUAGCUGAUCGUAACCAUUCAAGUUAACGUGUCAAUUUACACCGACUUCUUUCCGUUCCUCUGCGGAUCGCCGGACUCCUCAGCUGAUCACAAGAGUUCUAUUUUUUCUGGACGCCGGAGCAUGGCGGAUAAAUUCAGCACAGAUUAACCCGUGCUGGAAAGGAAGUCGGGCACAGACACAAAAUAAAACAAGAGAAUGUCCGGUCCCUGAACUGUACAGAACCUAACAGAGAGUUCUAGUUCUUGGUCUAACUGGACCCACAGGAGGAUAUUUUGAAGUCAGCUCCAGGUUGACUAUGAUGUCACUUCCUGUUUUCUUCCACUGUUGAGAGCCUCCCUGGUUCCGGUCCAUUAGGACUCUCAUGGUCCUGAUGCUUCAGACAGUGAAGGGUUAAAGUGUCUGAAAGCUCUGAUGGAUUUCUCAGUAACUCGGGAUGUGGGGAAGGAAGGAGGUGGAGCAGAACCGCAGAGACCCACAUGGUCUCAUCAGUCAGAGGAGCGGAGGCUCAGAUGGAGGUUUGAUCGUCUCUGAGCCGGAUCAGAAUCAGAACCAGAGAGGAGCUGAAACAGGCGGGUGGACGUCAUGCUUAACGCUUCAUUUCAGUCAUAUCUCCUACAGACAGCAGCUUCUGUCCACAGACGUCCACAGACGUCCACAGACGUCCACAGACGUCCGCCCUGCUGAGCUCUCGUUUACAGUCUUCUCUCAGGACUCCUGUCCGGUCCCGUGAAGCCCAGUAUUUACAGAUGUUAUUGUGUCCUAUAAAGUCCGGUGUUGUCCUGUUUGUCUCAUAAAUCAUAUCGAUCGAUUGUAUUGAUCAUGAACCUUCAUUAUAAAAUGUCCCUCCUGUAUGAAGUCGCUCUCCGUCUGUACUCUUAUUUAUGUCCUUUAAUAAAUCGAUUGUUUUGUAGUCGG